CUCCCUCCCCUGCCUUGUUUUGCUCCGGAAUCGCCGCCGGGGGAGGGAGCCAGGGGGCCCGGCCAGAGGCGCAGCGGCUGGAGGAUGGCCCUGGAGGGGUCGAGGGGCCCCGGUGGGCAGAGGGCCCAGCCGUGAUCCGGCGGGGGGGCCGGGGCUGCGGGUGGGUGGCGGGGGCAGCUAGAGGCGGCAGCAGUGGCUACACAUCUGGAUGGAAGCGAGCUUUGUCCAGACCACCAUGGCUCUGGGGUUGUCCUCCAAGAAAGCGUCUUCCCGCAACGUGUCUGUGGAGCGUAGGAACUUGAUCACCGUGUGCAGGUUCUCUGUGAAAACGCUGCUGGAGAAGUACACGGCAGAGCCCAUCGAUGACUCAUCGGAGGAGUUCGUGAAUUUUGCAGCCAUCUUAGAGCAGAUCCUCAGCCACCGCUUCAAAGCCUGUGCCCCAGCAGGUCCGGUGAGCUGGUUCAGCUCAGACGGGCAGCGGGGCUUCUGGGACUACAUCCGCCUGGCCUGCAGCAAAGUGCCCAACAACUGCGUAAGCAGCAUUGAGAACAUGGAGAACAUCAGCACUGCCCGAGCCAAGGGCCGGGCGUGGAUCCGGGUGGCACUGAUGGAGAAGCGCAUGUCGGAAUACAUCACCACAGCCCUACGGGACACCCGGACCACCAGACGUUUCUAUGACUCGGGAGCCAUCAUGCUGCGGGAGGAAGCCACGGUCCUCACCGGGAUGCUGAUCGGACUGAGCGCCAUAGACUUCAGCUUCUGCCUAAAGGGCGAAGUGCUGGACGGGAAGACCCCCGUAGUCAUCGAUUACACGCCCUACCUAAAGUUCACCCAGAGCUACGACUACCUGACCGACGAGGAGGAGCGGCACAGCGCCGAGAGCAGCACGAGCGAGGACAACUCGCCCGAGCACCCGUACCUUCCUCUCGUCACCGACGAGGACAGCUGGUACAGCAAGUGGCACAAGAUGGAACAGAAGUUUCGCAUUGUCUACGCGCAGAAGGGCUACCUGGAGGAGCUGGUGCGUCUGCGCGAGUCGCAGCUGAAGGACCUGGAGGCGGAGAACCGGCGGCUGCAGCUGCAGCUGGAGGAGGCGGCGGCACAGAACCAGCGGGAGAAGCGGGAGCUGGAAGGAGUGAUCCUGGAGCUGCAGGAGCAGCUCACCAGCAUCAAACCCCCGAGUCCGUCACUGCCACCCGGAGAUCCAGCCCCCUUCCCGCCACCGCGACCUAACAUGCUCGACAUAAGGCCCCCCACCAACCGGCUCCCCACUUCACCCUCAACUACCCGACAUAAGCUAGAAUGGCCAUUGAACAGUACUCCUGGGACCCCAAGAUUACAGACAGGUCUGAUCCCCGGUGACCAUGCUCCCCUGGCCCAGGGUUCCAAGGACGUCACCACACGCCUGGUCAACCAAUGGCCGUCACUGGGAACACUCAAUGGGGCCGAGGGCGCCAACAACCCUAAGCUCUACCGGAGGGAAGGACCCCACGCCCUCCAUGCUGGGCCUCUGCGGCUCCCUGGCUUCCAUCCCCAGCUGCAAGUCCCUGGCGAGCUUCAAAUCCAACGAGUGCCUGGUGAGCGACAGUCCCGAGGGCAGCCCGGCACUGAGCCCCAGCUGAGGAGCGGCGUGGGCGGUGCCGGUCCCCCUGCCGCCUUUCCUCACAGCCCCCCAAUCCAGGCCACCCUCCAGGGAAUGCUGCCCACUCAGCCAGGCGUCUCUCGGGAGACACCCUUUGCUUCUAGCCCGGUUCAGCUUCUUGCCCGUGGAGGCGGGAGCUGCCAAGGGAGGCAGCUUGGGCCAAGAGGCAGGGGCACCGGGGCCACAGGGAGCCCUCAGGAAGCUUAUUCUUCUGGCGACCCUGCUGCCUGGCUAGCUCCCUACCGGACUCUCCUUCGCUCAUCUCCCCGCCCUCCUCAGGAGCUGGUGGCCCAGCCUGGCACUGCCGCCUCCCUUGCCUCUCCUGUCUGUCCCUGUGUAUGCCCCCGAGUCACUCCUUCCUCAGCCCCCAGGCUGGGGGGGGCGGGGGGCAGCUAUGAGGGUAGCAGGCAAAUAAAAACCAGAGGACUGCGAGCAGCCUUGUCUGUGGGGGGACUGGGACAGGGGCCCUGUUCUGAGGUUGGCAGGAUGCGGCGGCGCUAGUGCUGGGCCCGUAACCAAGGUGAUGCUAGACCAGAUAAAAUCAGGUGUGCCCCCUGGGAGCAGACUGGUCAGAAUAAUUCAAGAAGUGGGGAGCUUCUGUAUCAAGUGUCCUAAAUAUUCGGUCAGCCCAGGGAAGGACAAAAACAUGUAAGGACCCUUCGGCCUGAUACUCUUUGGUAACUCAUUUACCCCAGGCAAAGAAGAUGCUGGACAUCCUGGGUGGCAGGAUGGAGAAGGCAAGGCCUGGCAGGGCCCCGUUUCCCUUCCAUCAUCCUGAGCAAUACAGCUUCGGCCUAGAGAUCCAGACCCUUCCAUUAGGCCAAAGCCUGGCAGUGAAGCCACCCUCCCUCCUGGGUUGUCGCUUAAGUGUACCCUUGGGGAGAGGUCUCACCACCCCCUCAACUCAGGGUCCUUAUCCCCACCUGCUCUCACUACACUGUGGGAGGGGUCCUCUAUGUGGGUGCCACCUGGGCAGCCAAAGGCAACAUCAAGGUCCCUUCGAGCCCUCUUCUGUGCAAAUCACUCACCAAAUCCUGCUUCCCACCCGCCCCAGAGACCCCCACAAUCAGAGGCAGUGGAAAGAAGUUUAUCAUCUUUAGACUCAAGGAGUUAACAAGGGUGGGUGCAAACUAUGCCGGGCGCAAGGCUUCGCGGCUCCUGGGGGCAGGCCCAGCUACAGCAAACCCACAGGGAAAAGAAGGGGGGAGAAGUUAGCAAAUUUGGUCUUGAACUUGAGGGGAGGGCAUGAUGAUUCCUGGGGCUGGGGAAUGGGGAGCAGCAGGAAGAAAGUGGUCUGAGAGAGGAGGGGUCGGCAUGGGCCCAGAGGGGCAGCCGCCUACCCCUGGGGCUCAGAGUGGGGAGGAAAGAGAAAGGAGGCCCCUCCCCGCAGUGCUGAGGAAAAGGCACUUGGCUCAGUCUCCUCCCGCCCCACUCCCACCACGGAAGAGGUUGGGUCCUUGUCCCCUCGUUCCUUUCAAGGGCCCAGAAACUGUUCCUGGUUGAGCCUCUGGAAGAAGCUUUUACCGAACUCAUAAGUGCUGAUCAUGAUGGCACAGGACGGGGCGGCCUUGAUGAUCCUUGGGAGGAAGCCUGCGGUGGGAGGGGGAGGCUGGGGUCAGAGGUCGGGUCCCCAGGAGCCCCACCUCCACCAGGGAGUGGACACACACAGCCGCUCACCUGCAAAGAGGCCCCUGGUGCCCGACUCGGCCCGGAUUCUCCGCAGCAGUAGCCAAGUGGAGUCCGCGUGCGGGGGCGUCACUGCGAACCAAGGCGAGGCCCUGUAAGACCCCGCUGGGGCCCUGCCUGCCCUGCCCCGCACCAGCCGGGGCCCCUCACCUCUCACAGCCUCCACCGCUCCUAGCGCGACCUGGCGCUGAGUCUUCACCACAUCGAAGGGUAGAGUCAGGAUGGCCGCCACCUGGUGGGGUGGGGAGAGGGCUGGUCUCCGUUCCCAGGACCCCUAUCCCCUGCACGCGGCUAGGGUCUGCCAGCCCCAGCUAGAGCUUCAGAAGGGCAGGGGGAGCGCACUCCUUGACAGGCAAGCAAGGACUCUUUUCCGGAGCAUCUGCAACGGCCCUCAGGUCACCCCAAGGACACCUCUACUGGCCACGCUCCCAGCCUGGUCAACUCACCGUCCCUGAGAUGCCGCCAGCCACAAAGCUGAUGCCCACGGAGGUCUGGUCCUUCGGCCUGAGCCCACGCAGCCAGCUCUUCACCAACUCAUAGUUGAACCAGUACAGAGCUUGGGGGCACAGGGGUUCACUCGUUAGAGAUGGGAAGGGCAGUGGGACAGGCCACGAUCCUCCCACCUUUCACAGACUCAUAUCACGACCGCUCCCUCCCAGCUACGAAGCCUGCCUGCCACGUGCCGGUUCCCGUAACAGGCCCUGCAAGAAGUAUCUUGUGAAAACCUUGCUGAACAUCCCGCCCGCUGGGACCACUUCACAGAUGAGGCGUUCCCGGCUC